AAUCGAGAUAAAGACAGGCCCGACGACAAGGGUUUCGCCAUUGGUCGUAGUGGGAAAGUCAAACGGAGAGCCUCGUUUGUGUCUUGAGGAUUCGCGAGACGUGACAACUUUCAUAACCCGACGAGGGUUGUACCGUUUCAAGCGGCUGCCGUUCGGUUUGGUGACUGCUCCAGAGUUAUUUCAAAAGGCGAUGGAUGAGACUCUAUCUGGUUGCGAAGGAACAAUUUGGUAUCUCGAUGACGUGCUAAUUGAAGGUCAAAAUUUGCAGGAGCAUGAUAAAAGGUUGAAUAAGGUUCUUAGUCGAUUAAAAAACCGUGGAAUAGAAUUGAACUGGGAGAAAUGCCAAUUGCGAGUAUCGGAUAUAGAAUUUUUAGGACACAGUCUUAAUCAAGAGGGAAUUAUGCCAUCAAGAAACAAAUUGGAACUAUUCUAUCGUUCCGUGAACCGCGAUGUGAAACAGAAGUUCAUGCAAGAAAUGCGACCAGUACCAAUGUUGCUGUGCGAUAAAAUCGAAACUGCUAAACUCGCAACAGAAUGGAAAAUUUGGAAGGAAGCGUUGGAAUGCUACUUUGCAGCGUACAACGUAACGGACCAAACGGAGAAAAAAGCAAACUACUACAUCUCGGAGGACCGGCACUACCGAGAGUGUUUAAAAAUUUAA